AACCCGACAGCCCUUCUAAGACAAACACAGAGUUGAUGCACAGCAUUUUUAUUAUAUGCAAUUGCAUCAGAAAAAGCUUGAAACUCAGCAUAUCGGUAGAGAAAGCAGAGGCAUCGCUUCGGAUUUGAAACUAACGUACCCAAGCACUUUUCCUUCCUACCAUCCACCAUUAAAGAACCUUCAAAUCCAAAGCCAAUUGCAGAACCCAACAAAGCACCAUCACCCACUUCAAUAAUUCCAACCAAACCAAACCCCACACCCUCAUCUCACACUCCAAAACCCACCAACAUAACCCCACCCAAAGGAGUUUCAUUAUCAACCCACUUCCAGCAAUCCAUCAGCUUCACAAACCCUUCAUUCCUCGCCCCCACAAGAUGCCUUUAAUGACCCAAGCACCUUCCGUACUUUCCCACUCUCCUACACUGUCCUCUCUCGACAAUUAUCACCACAUAAAUUUAAAUGUACAAUCUUCAUCACCAUCUUUUCCAUGCUCGAAUACUUCAUAUACGUUUCCUUUUGCCAAACUAUCACUGGCCCUCAAGUUUUUCCGCCACUUACGAUGUGCUCGUUUGAUACGAGCUCGUUUUAGUUUUCUUAUUUUCCUUUGCUUGCCUACCCUCUACUUCUUCAUCUCCAACCCUCCCCGCUCUUUUACCCUCGAUUUCCUUUCUUUGCUAGCUGUCUCCGCUACCCUUUUGAUUUCUCUCAAUCUCGCACUCCCUCGCCUUCCCUCGAUUCGAUUGUUCCUUGGUCGGUCGUUCCCAAUUACGCUUUUCUCAUCUUCCUGUCCCUCAAGGCCAUAUCAGCCUAUUCUUUGGUCAAUCGGGUCGAAGCCCAAGACGGUUAAAAGGCCAAAUUCGGGAUCUUCGGUGAAAGUUUAUAGUAAUGGGGAUGUUUAUGAGGGUGAAUUCCAUAAGGGGAAGUGCUCGGGAAGUGGAGUUUACUACUAUCACAUGAGUGGCCGGUACGAGGGGGAUUGGAUUGAUGAGAAGUAUGAUGGGUACGGGGUGGAGACGUGGGUGAAAGGUAGCCGGUACCGUGGGCAGUAUAGGCAGGGCUUAAGGCAUGGGAUUGGGCUGUAUAAGUUCUACACCGGCGAUGUCUAUGCCGGAGAGUGGUCUAAAGGGCAGUGUCAUGGGUGUGGAGUUCAUACUUGUGUGGAUGGGAGCCAGUAUAUAGGGGAAUUCAAGUGGGGUGUUAAACACGGGCUUGGUCGUUACCAUUACAGGAAUGGAGACACAUAUGCAGGGGAAUAUUUUGCUGACAAAAUGCAUGGUUUUGGAGUCUAUCAGUUUGGAAAUGGACAUCGGUUUGAGGGAGCCUGGCAUGAGGGAAGAAGGCAAGGACUUGGUUUAUAUACCUUCAGGACUGGGGAGACAAAAUCUGGUCAGUGGAAAAAUGGGCUUCUUGACAUUCCAUGCAUGCAAGUUUCCCAUUCUGAAUCUUCCUAUGCUGUCAACUAUACCAAAGUUCUUAAUGCAGUCCAGGAAGCACAGCGAGCUGCUGAAAAAUCAUUGGAUGUAGGAAAGGUGGAUGAAAGAGUGAGCAAAGCUGUAGCAGCAGCUAAUAAAGCGGCAAAUGCAGCAAGAGUUGCUGCUGUAAAGGCCGUCCAAAACAAAGUGCAUGUCAAUAACGACAUUGAUGAGAGACCAAUUGCUCCUGUCUGAUUCUAAGUGACCUUUCCAUGCUUCCACUACAAAAUGCUUAACCCUGCAUUAGCUUUUACAGCAGAGAAAGCAAGAGAAAAAUACAGCAAAAAAGUUUACAACUGCAUCUGUAUUUGUUGCUCUCUUUAUUUUGACGGUAAUCCUUUUCAGAGCUGCAUACGCCAGGUACCUGCUUGGAACCCCAUUCAGUCACUGGAGUUGAAUGGCUGAUUGAGGAGCAAACGGGCCAAGCCAUUUUUCUGGCUUCAGUAACAGCGUACAUAAGACAUUUUUAAGUUUACAAGUUAAGAGUAAAAACGGGUACUAGGUUGCCUGUGUAUAUAUAGUAUUAAGGUUUAUCUCAGCAGCGCACUCGAGAGAAUGGAAAUUAUUAUACGCCAUGUCUCUCAUCCCACUUCUAUAACAUCGUUAUGAUGUGGUUGUAAUUUUUACUUUUCAAGAAAACAAAUAGCAAUUAAUGGGCAACACCAUAUUAGAAUGUUAA